CUAAGACAAGGAGCCGGUUUUCAGAGGGGGUCCGGUGAGAUUUAUGUUGCAGUUGUGCGGUUAGGGGAAGCAUUUAUAGCGGGAUGUAAAAGAGGGCGAAAAAUAUUUAGAGCUAAUAAACUGGUAAAGCGCUUACAUCUUACCCUACUGCGGUGUUAUAUACGCAAAGUAAUGGCAGAGGUUCACAUCAUAGGGCAAAUUAUUGGGGCUAGUGGCUUCCCCCAACACAGCCUGUUUUGCAAAUGGGGAGUACACACAGGUGGAGCCUGGAAGCUACUUUCUGGGGUUGUGGAAGGCCAGACACAAGUAGAUCAUCCACAAAAUGAUGACAUGGCAUUCUGGUCUCACCCUAUUGACAUGCACUUUGCUACUAAAGGAUUACAAGGUUGGCCAAAACUUCACCUUCAAGUCUGGCAUCAGGACACAUUUGGUCGUAAUGAACUUUAUGGUUACAGCUUCCUCCACAUCCCUUCCACCCCUGGUACUCACUCAUUGCUUAGCCCAACCUGGCGACCCCUGGGAACAUGGCAGGAGCAAAUAUGUCAGAUGUUUGUUGGCGGCGGCCCACAACUUAAGUCAUCCAGCCUGAUUUAUGGAGGGUCUGAUCGCUACCGUCUGCAAACAGUGGCCAUGGGGCAAGUACAUCUCCAAUUAACGGUCAUACUCAGGAACUUUGAACGAUACGGGGUGGAGUGUUCUUGAUUUUGCAGAGUGCUAAGAACUUGUUCCUGGUUUUCCAAAUGAUUAUUUUUGGUGCCAAGGACAUAUGCACUGAAAUAAUCAGCAAGACAUUUUAUGGAAUUACUUGUGAACACCUCAAACAGAAUCCUGCUCAGUAUUUAAUGAGCCCCUUUUCUCAACCCUUCUUAAUAAACCUGAUACUUCAUAUCUCUUCUGUACCAUAAUCUGGUAACAUUUAUCCUCCUCCCCUUCUACUAACAUCUCUUACACUUUCCCAAAUUGUCUGUUACUUCUGAUAUUAGCCAUUUUCCUCAUUGUAUCACUUUUUUACUAUCCUUGCUUUGUUUUCAGCCCUGUUAUAAAGCACACUCCCUUUCUCUCCUUUCAUUUUCAUAAUACCUCAUUCACAUCAAUCACUUACCAGAAUACAUUUAUAUAUAAAGUAAAUUGAAUGUUUUUGUUUUUAAAUACUUUUCAGGCUCUUUUGACGAUUAUCUUAAAUCAGUUAUAAUGUGAAUGUGAUUCCAAUGUCUCUGCUGUCAGCUGUGCUAUAUAAACCAUGCACAGAAAAUUGCCCUGUUUGACAUAGGUUAGUUAUCUGAGAAAUUGUAAAAUGUGCCUGCUCUUACUAAAUGGUUUUUACUGCAAAUAUGUUUUUUAGAUAAAACUAUAUUUUAAGAAAAAGAAAUGGUAAGCGAGUAUUCUUUGCUGUAGGAAAUAAUGUUGCAAUUUGUAAGCCACAAGAAGGCUCUGUAGGUAACUAGAAUUAUGCUAUUAUUUAAAUAUUACAAUUAACGGGGAGAACCCAUUUAAUAAGGAUUUAAAAAAAUAUAUAUGCUAAAAGUUGGGUAACAAGUAGCGUUAGUCAGUGAGUAACUAAACAAGCAAAUAUGAAUUUGGCUAGUAAAUAAACUACAUAAUUAUGGAGUUAUGUAAUUAAAGUUGCAGAGAUUGCUACAGGUUUGCUAUAGAUCUAAUCAGUUGGCA